ACCUCGCUAGUCGCUCCUUCCCUCUUCUCCCUCGCUGGAGCAAAGAAUCAAGUUUCAGUGUCUCUGAAAAAACGCUCUGGUUUUCACACCAAAACGCCGCCGUUUCGAGAUCGAGGUCGCGUAUGGAUACUUUUCGGUUCUCUUAAUUGCGUCAGAAGAAAAGUAUCCCUGGGUUUUUGUUCUGAGACUGGUGUGUGGAUUUUAUUUCUUGCUAAAACUUUGGAGGAUGUGAGUGAGAACUAUUGGUUUUAAGUAGAAGAUCAUAUUGAGUUGUGUUUGAGGAUGGGUUCUGCUUGUUGUGUUGCUGCUAGAGACAAGCGUAUAACAAGUGGAGUGGGUGGUGAGCUCUUGCAUAGGAAUGUUCGGCAUUCACCAACAUGGAGCUUUCGAUGGGAUAGCCGAGGGCGAGUAGCUGGUGAGGAGACUUCUGUGACUUGGAUUUCAGAUGGAAUAAGUCGGAAUGAUGGAUCAGAUAUAAAAUAUGAAUCAGCAUAUGCUUCAGAGGAGGGAAGUCCAUUAGAUAGUUUUCCGAGAUUGACAAGACAAAAGUCGCCAGUUUCUGAAGUAACCACUGCUGGGAAUGUGAGGACUCCAAAUUCAGAUCAAUCUAUUUCAAGAAAUGUCUCUAUGGAUGUGAGUUUGGAACAGAUUAAGGAAUCGGAAUCCCCUGCAGUUUCAUAUCCAUCUCCCACAAAAUUGCCAUCUUCAGUGCCAUCAACUUCUUCGUUGCCGGCAUCCCCUACAACAUCCCAAAAUCAUCAGUAUCCCGCCAGUUCAACCACACCAAAGUGGCCUCCUCAUUCUCCUGGACAUCCAUUACUAAGGCAGGUAUCUGAUAGCCGGAUCUCAGGAUUUAAGUCAUUGAAUGGAUACUCUGUUAGGGAAGAAAGGCCAGUGAUCCCUUCAUGGAGCAAUGAAUCAGCUGGGGGCUCUCUUGUCGGGUCUUCAGAUGGUUGGUCUAUGCAUGCCUUUUCCGAGCUCAUGGCCACGUCUUAUAAAGAAAGGUGGUCUUUUGAUAAUGAGUCCUUGGGCUUUAGUCAUGACAGGAUAACCAGAUCCAGUAGCCGAAUUUCAGCUGCUUCUUCUGUUGACCUGCAAACAUGUGGUGUUUGCUCUAAGCUGUUGUCAGAGUAUGCUGUGGUUGCUGUUCUAACUUGUGGGCAUGUUUUUCAUGCUGAAUGUUUGGAGAAUAUAACUGCUGAAAUUCACAAGUAUGAUCCUGCAUGCCCAGUUUGCACUUUAGGGGAGAAAAAGACCCUUAAAUUAUCUGAAAAAGCAUUAAAAUCAGAGAUGGAAUCAAAGGCUAGAAUUAACAAGAGAUCAAGGAACCGGACUAUGGAUAGCAGUCUUGAUCGUAAACAUUUCAUGUUGGAUCACCUUAAAAGUAGUAAACGUGAAGGAAGGAGUCCCAAGAUUGCUUCCACUUCCAGCAUGAAAAGCUCCGUAGGAAAGCCUUUCUUGCAGCGACACUUCUCCUUGGGAUCAAAGGGGAGUAGGUCCCCAUUAGAAAAUCAUUCUACAUGGAAGAAGGGGCUUUUCUGGACCAAAUUUAGCAAGACAUGAACUGCUUCUCACAUGUAAAGAGAUGCCAAUGUUUGAUCUUGUGUGCAACUUCAGUCAGAUGAAGAGUGGUGGACUUUUUUCAUCAAGAUGUUUAGAGAACAAAUCUUUAUACAGACUUGGCAACUGCAGCAGAAUUAGUUACUGGAAUUACUCCGUAAAGAAGGAAAAAGAAAUAGAUAAAGGAGGUAAUUAUGCAAAAGAAAGAAGUUAGUAGAAUGAAAAUGCAUUGUGAAACUAUUGGUCCUACUGUACAGAUAAUUUUGUUUCUUGUUUGGACAAAAAUGAAUUCAUUCUAUUGAUACUCUGUAUGGCUGGCUGGAUUCCACCCUCACUUGAUGGGUUUAUUGUUGGAUGACCUUUUGGGUAAUCUCUCUUGUAAAUGGAGAGCAUAUUGGUCACUUGGUAUGAAGCAAAUACAGGUUAUAUGCGCUA